GUACAGGACUCUCACCCCAGCUGAGGAUCCUUGCGCCGCAUUCGUAGCUACGUGGACUAACUUCCAAGAUACAGACGCAGACGUCUCGUUUGGCGCCACAUCCACAUCAAGCAAGCCGAUGGCAGCGACGCGUGGUGGCGGUAACGCUCUCUCCGCUGGACAAGUAGCCGGCAUCGUAAUCGGCACAAUCGGUACGGACUGCUCUCUGCCACACUAGCGCCUCUUCACGUUGCUUACUCCUCCGUUAGCAUUCCUCCUCCUGGCGGCGACUUCCGCCUUCCUCCUCUACAGCAGACGCAAACAGCCAAGCCAACCCUCCCCGUCCCGGCCUCCCUCAGCCCACGUAAAUCCCAAUCCGGACCCCUAUUACGACCAAACCCCAGACCGCAGGCCCGAGAUGCGAGAAUCGUCUUUCGAGCGCGCACCGCAGCCCUUAGCCUCUCACCCCAUCGGGCUAGGAAUCACCCUCCCCGCAAAGCCCAAGCCAACACUCCGCCUGUCCCAAUGGCUAGCCGACCUACGGCACUCGCGCCUCUCAUCGCGCCGCCAGACGGCCGUGUCCGAGCGGACGCAGGACAGCGACAACAGCGGCAGCAGCACCGACCGCCACCGCGCCACCCACCAGCGGCACUCCUCCGCCACCCCCUUCGCCGCCGCCGCCGAGGCCGACCCCGAUCCUGGCCACGGCUCCGACUGGGAGGACCCGGACGCAGACGCGGACACGGCCUCCAUCCUCUCCCUCCCGACCACCAUCGUCACCAACCGCCACACAGCCAGCACCAUCCUCCCCGCGACCGCGCUGAGCUACCCCCGCGUGCCGGUCCCGGUUCAGCAGCGCCACCCACCAUCACCACAGCCCACUCUCGACCCGUCCAUGCAACACAGCAGCGGCACCACCACCACCGCGACCAACCACAACAGCAACAGCAACAACCACAACAACAGCAGCAGCAGCAGCAGCAGCAGCACCGAAACCCCCGGCCCGGCUCAACCGGCAACAGACAGCGCGACAUUGUUGCGGAUCCCACACUCACCCGCACACGCCCCUCGACCAUCCAUCUCCGCCGCAGCGCGGCUAUCCAGUCUGGGAGGCGGAGAGGGGGUGAGAGAAGAAGAAGGCGGUGAAGGAGAACGAGACAGAAACGGGGGAGGUGAACGAGAACGAGAACGAGACAGAGACGCGGUCGGGGAAGGGGUAGGGGAGGGAGAAGGGUGCGGUGUUGGGCGGCCGCCGUGACAGUUGGUGAACUUUACUAGACCCUACGGUGACUGUCUG